AUGAGUGACACUAGAAAGCGAAGCAGCAUCUGGCUGCAGUUUAAAGAUAUUGGGAACAAGAAAGCAGAGUGCCUUCACUGCAAAACGAAGGUCACUAUAAGAGCAGGUUCCACCACAAACCUGCAUAGACAUACAAGAACUGUCCAUCCUACAGUGCAGUUAGAGGAGAGAGGGCAAGCCAGCUCACCAUCUACUGAUCCUGGUGUGUCUCAUACCAGAACAACAGCUGCUGUAACGUCUACUGCCAUCCCCAUGCGUGCAAGUAUAACCUCUCCUACUGCAACUCAAAGCAAAAUAAGUCAGUUUUUACCUAAACUGAUGACCCCAGCCAAACAGCACAGUAUUGAUGAUGAGUUGGCUAAAAUGGUAGCUUCUGAUUUUCAACCCUUUUCCAUUGUGGAGGACAAAGGAAUGAAAAACUUUGUCAAAGCCCUAAAUCCCACAUACACUCUACCCAGUAGAAAAACACUUUCCCAAACAAUGAUCCCAAAACUAUAUGACACAGAACGUGCAUUAUGGCAAGAAAGGGUGACAAAAGCUCCAUCAGUUUGCCUGACAACUGACUGCUGGACCUCCAGAACAACCUGCUCUUUCAUGUCUGUCACUUGCCACUUUAUUGAAGAUUACAAGAUGACAUCUUGCCUUCUGGACUGCUUCGAGUUCACCGACAGACACACUGCAGAAAACUUGGCAGUGGAGCUACUAAGAGUGGCAAAAGAGUGGCAAGUAGAGGACAAAGUGGUGUGCUGUGUGAGUGAUAAUGCUGCAAACAUCACCAAAGCCAUAAAAGUUUUGAAGUGGACCCAUCACCCAUGUCUGGCGCAUACACUAAACCUGGUGGUUAGAGAUGCUCUGAAGGUGAUCAAAACAACCGUGGAUAAGGUGAAGGCUGUUGUGGAGUUUUUCCACAAAAGCACAGUAGCAGCACAGAAGCUAAAGUCCACACAGCGCCAAAUGGGGAUUCCUGAACUGAGGCCCAAACAAGAGUGUGCCACCAGGUGGAACUCAACAUUUGAUAUGUUGAAACGAAUGCUUGAAAUAAAAGAUGCCAUCAUCUCCACCCUGGCCCUCAUCAACGCAUCUAUUGAGCCAUUAAGCCAAGAGGAAUGGGAGCUGGUGAAAGAGGUCUGCGCCGUCCUGCAACCAUUCCAGGAGGUGACUGUGGAGAUAAGUGCAGACAGGUACCUAGAACCAUUGAAGCAUUGUUUUCUCUACUACUAUUCAGUCACUAUUAUACAUUGCAAACACAACACAUACAGUAUAAUGCAUCACGUAUAAUAUGCCACAUACUUUUAAAAAACUAAAUUCUAAAAGUUGCUGUUUUCUCUCCUUCAGCUAUGUCACAGCCUCGAAAAUGCUCCUGCUUUGCAAAGGUCUGCAGCUGGUGACAGCCGAGAACCAAUGGACAGUAACUGUGCAGAAAGUGAAGGAAUUAGUUGCAGCUCUUUGUUCAGCCAUGGACCGCAAAUUUCUGCGGAUGGAGUACAACACUGUCCUUUCAGAAACUACCUUAUUGGAUCCAAGGUUUAAAAAACUUGCCUUCAGUGAUCGUAGAGCUGUUGAUGAAGCUCUUCAGAGGAUUAGUGCAGCAGCAGCAGCAAAAUGCACCCCCAGCAGCCAGCCAGCUCCACCAUUACAGGGCCAAGUGGAGGAGGAGCAGCAAACCUCUGCUGUUUGGAGGCUUUUUGAUGACAGAGCUACAGGAGAUGCUUCAAGGAGAAAUCCGACAGCUGAUGCUAUAAUGGAGGUGAGGAGCUACCUUGAGGAGCCCCUCAUCCAGAGAGCAGAAGACCCACUGAGCUGGUGGCAGGCCAAGGCCUCAGUCUUUCCACUCCUGGUGAAGGUGAUGGAGGGGAGACUAUGUAUUGUUGCCACAUCAGUUCCUUCUGAGAGAAUCUUCUCCAAAACAGGGCAGAUACUCACGGAGAGGCGAAAUCGUAUCAGGCCUAUCAGCCCAUCCAAGCUGAGGCAUCUGAUCUUCCUGAAUGCCAACCUGCCCUGAGGACUAAUGCUGUUUGCUGGAGUUUGGUUCUGGUUUUGAUUCUGUUCUGUGGAUUUGUUUGAAGUUUAUUGUUAAUUUGUGCAAUAAAAAAGUUUAAUUGAAAUAAACAAAUGUAAGAGUGGUUUUGUCACAGAAUAAAUGCACAGAAUUAGGCAUUAUAAGGUCUCUCAUAAAAACACUGAAAGCAAAAGGGUUUUCAACACAUAAACCAUGAUUUUUUUUCAAAGUUAAGGUAAAAUAUAGGCUACAAAAGAUCCUAAAUAAAGAGCCGUUCGGGAGUCGAAAGAGCCGGCUCUUUAGCCUGAGCGAAAUUUCCUCGACGUCACAUGUUAAUGCAGAAGCUCAACAUCUAUCUUAUACUGCC